AUGUCGUUCAACGCAGCUCAUCUCCAGGUCUGGCUGGGGUUGUUAGCGGCCUCGGGCAUCCUCUACACAACAUGUCUCGUUGUCUACCGCCUUUUCUUUCAUCCGCUGGCCAAAUACCCAGGUCCUCUCCUAGCGAAACUCACCGAUGCAUACAUGCUCUACUAUGCCUGGAGGGGUGACCGCCACUUGGAGUUUUGGCGUAUGCACGAGCGAUACGGGAAAUUUGUCCGCUUUGGACCCAACUCGCUCUCCAUCAACUCCAACACGGCUUUGAAGGAAAUCUACGGCUUCCGGGCCAACGUACGCAAGGCCGAGUUCUACGAUGCCUUUGUGCACCCGGCACCCAACACCCACAACGCCCGGGACAAGGACCUGCACGCCCGCAAGCGUCGUGUCUUGUCACACGCCUUCUCCGACGGUGCUAUCAAGGAAGUCGAACGAUACAUCCUGGGCAACAUCCGAACCUUCUGCGAGGGCCUUGGCGACUAUGGGCGUGUCAACCACGAGAACAAGGGAUGGAGCUCGCCCAAGAACAUGUCGGACUGGUGCAACUGGCUCGCCAUGGAUAUACUGGGCGAUCUCUGCUUCGGUAAAGCCUUUCACAUGCUCGACCGACCGGACAACCGGUACGCCGUCGACCUAGUCGGCAUCGCAGCCCAGCGUCAUCUUCUGUGCGGCACCAUGCCCAUAAUCAACAAACUCAGCCUCGACAAGAUCCUCUUCCACAAAAUCUCCGCCGGCCGCGCCAAAUACAUGGCCUACAGCCGGCAACAACUCACCGAACGCACCGCCCUCGGCGACGAAACCGACCGCCGCGACUUCUUCUACCACCUGCUCAAAGCGCGCGACCCCGAAACCGGCCAGGGGUUCAGCACGCCCGAACUCUGGGGCGAGUCCAACCUGCUCAUCAUCGCCGGCUCCGACACCACCUCCACCGCCAUGGCCGCAACCCUCUUCUACCUGGUCCGCAACCCGGCCACGCUGCACCGCGCCACCGCCGAAGUCCGCGCCGCCUUCCACUCCGUCGAGGAUAUCCACCAGGGCGCCCCCCUCAACAACUGCACCUACCUCCGCGCCUGCAUCGACGAGGCCAUGCGCCUCUCCCCCUCCGUCGGCGGCCUCCUCCCCCGCGAGGUCCUCCAGGGCGGGAUCACCGUCGACGGCGAGCUGCUGCCACAGGGCACGGUGCUGGGCGUGCCGCACUAUGCCAUCCAUCACAACCCGGCGUAUUUUGCGGAGCCGUUCCGGUUUGUUCCCGAGCGCUGGCUUGCUGGUGGUGAGGGUGAUGAGAAGGCGCUGGCGAGGGUGGCGCUGGGCGCAGAGCGCGUUCUGUCCGUUUUCGAUCGGCCCGCGCGGGUGUAUUGGGAAAGGGUUGGGCGAUGGGCCGGUGGUGGAGUUUGCGAAGAGGAGUACUUAAAGUGUAAGUGA